AAACUUACUGUUUGUGUCUAUGUUUUUUAGUUUCCUGGAAACUGGUAAGUGCUCUUACAGUGAAAACUGUACUCAAGCUCAUUCCGAAGACGAAUUACAAGAGUGGAAGGACAGGUUUGAAUUUAAGAAACAGUCACUUCAAAAGGCUCGGGACAAGCAACUUCAUGGAAUUUCUUACAUGGAAAAAUUGGCUGAAAAGUUGUUACUUUCAGAAAAUCCUGAAUCUUUGCUUGUUUCCAAUUUGGAUUAUGUGAAGUUACACAUAAAUUCUGACUUGAAAGUAAAUAUGUCCAAUAAGAAGUGUACUAAUUCUUGGACUUUCACUGUUACUAGUAAGGUAUGUCUUCACAGAGUAAUCUUGUUGGAUGACAAUAGUCGGCUAUUUUUCCGCAUUUCCAGCAUUUCUAUUGGUCCACGUAAAGCCCAAAAACAUCAAAACAUUGAAAAUCUUUGCCAAGAAUGGGUUAAUUAUGAAGCAUAUCAAACAAAGAACAUACCAAGUCCAAGUACUGUAGAGAAUGUCUAUAGGAUCAAGGUGGUCUUCAAGACAAAUAUCUAUGGUACAUUUCGUCAGAUUAUUGUUUUUGAUUUUGGAACUGACCCUCUACUUUCGAAAGAAAUGCAUGUUGAAUCUGCUCCUAUCCCUGAAGGAGAUAAACUUUCAAAAGACUUAAUGUCAUUUGAUGCAAACAGAUGGAAUGAAUUCAAUAUAGAUUUGGUGAAGUUUGAACCACAUCCUCUUCCUUUAUCUGAAAAAGAAGAAUUUCUGUUGGAGGAAUAUCCUCUACCAGAUCCCAAUAAACUACAAAUGCGAGAAGUGAUAUCGCAAGCUUUCUGUCGAGAAAAUUACAGGCAAUGGAUGCAUGACCUCUUGUAUUUUGAAGAACUUACACAAUUUGGUUUAAUUUCUCGGUUCAACAUUAAAGUUACUUUGCAGAUUGUGAAUCGAUUCAUGUUAGUUCCUGGUGGGUACCGUUUAGCAAAAUUCAGUUCAGAUGGUCAGUUAUUUGCCAGAAUGAAACUUGAAAAUGAACUUUCUGAAGAUACAAUGCAUGGUCGAUUGAUUUUGCAGAGUGCUAAUGCUGUGUGGUUUUCAUCUUGUUAUUCAUUUGAAAACAAUUCUCAAAAAAAUGAUGUUGAAAAGGUUUAUGAGGCUAUAAUAGAAGAUAAAGGUAAAGAUUUUGUCUUCUUCCGUUUAUCAUCCAAAAGUGUAUGUGAUCUUCAACUGAAAGCUGAUCAAGAAUUAACAGCUCAUGUGCAGUUUCAGUUGAAUCGGUUACCUAAAUGUGAAAUGCAUCAUGCCAUUGAUAACUUACCUGACCUGGACAUUGUAUUCCCCAAUAUGUUACACGCUCCUAGUGUUCCCUGGGAAAUUGAUAGUUCUUUGGAAGGUCUGCUUGAUUCCCGGGUGAAUGAGAAACAACGACAAGCUAUUGCAGGAAUAAUAGCAGAUUCUAAUGGUGUGCGUUUACCACCUUUAUUGUUGCUUGGGCCUUAUGGAACAGGAAAGACCUUCACACUUGCCCAAGCUGCCAAACUUGCCCUUCAGAAGAAAGGAACUCGAAUAAUGAUCUGUACCCAUUCAAAUAGUGCGGCUGAUCUGUACAUUAAAGAAUUUUUCGACCCUUAUGUAACAAGUGGACACCCUGAAGCACGACCUCUCCGUAUCUAUUUCCGAAAAAGAUGGGUACUCACUGUUCCUAGCUCAGUGAUCAAGUACUCAUUACUGCAGCCUGAUUCAACAUUCCGAGUCCCCACAGUUGAAGACUUGAAAAAUCAUCGAGUUAUUAUAACAACUCUUAAUCAAUCUCGAAUCAUUUAUGAUUUGAAUUUGGGUCCAGAUUUUUUCACACACAUCUUCCUUGAUGAAGCUGCUCAAGUCAUGGAAACUGAAAGUCUUAUCCCAUUGGGUCUUGCUGGAGUGAAUACAAAAGUAGUCUUAGCUGGAGAUCAUAUGCAAAUGAGUCCCGAGAUAUAUGCUGAUUAUGCUCGGCAGAGAAAUUUUCACCGCUCAUUGCUUGAAAGACUUUAUGAAGACUAUCCAAUAGAGUCUCCUUGUAGGAUUAUGCUCCAUGAAAACUAUCGUUCAACCAUUGAACUUGUAAACUUCACAUCUAGUCUUUUUUAUGAUAACAAACUAAUUUCGGCGGGGCAGGAAUCACGCCAUCCCCUCUACUGGCCAUUUACAUUUUUCACUGCUAAAGGUGAAGAAGUACAGCACCAAAAUAGUACAGGAUUCUUUAAUAUUGCAGAGGUUUAUGAGGUGGCAGAAAGAGUCACAGAAUUAGUGAAAAGUUGGCCCUCUGAGUGGGAGCCAUUUGGUGAAAACAGCAUUGGUGUGGUAACUCCCUAUGGUGACCAAGUACAAAAAAUAAGAACAGAACUCCGAAAACGAGAUUUAGGUGGUGUUUCUGUUGAAAGAGUUGUAAAUGUUCAAGGCAAACAGUUCAGAGUAAUAGUACUGAGUACUGUGCGUACAAGACACACAUGUAGUACAGAAGGAAAUUUGGAAGACAUAAUCGACUAUGGUUUCUUGUCUAAUGUCAAACUCUUGAACACUGCAAUCACUCGGGCCCAGUCACUUGUUGCUGUUAUUGGAGAUCCUGUGUCUCUUUGUCUUGUCGGAAAAUGCAGAAAAAUCUGGGAACAUUUAUUGGAGGCUGCUACAAAAAAUGGUAGCUUAAUUGGAAUGAGUUGGAGUCAACUCAGAGGCCAGUUGGAUGGAGCUGAAAUAAAGAAGACCUAUGUUCUCAAUCCUUUAGCACCAGAAUUUGUCCCAAGUCGCCAGCUACGCUCUCAUCUUUUAGAUGACGAACCUUUUUUUGAUCCUGCUGUGAUUAAUCCAUAUGGACCAAUAAAAGUUCCCACAUUCUCCACUAUGCCCUUCUAUUCCCGAUAUUCAUACCCACUGUACCCUCAGCUGUAUCCUCCUUAUGCUCCAUUUUAUCCAGGACCUUACUAUGGCUUGUAUCCAAUGUAUCCUGGUUAUCCAAAUGUACCUGGUCAGUCUUUAAAUGGACGCAAUACUCCACCAAUGCCAUUAUCUUCUCGGCAGCAGCAUACUCCAUCUCCUCUCCAUAGCCAGCAGCGUCCUAAAGUAAAGCCACCUGCUGUAACCCAACCUGUCCCAACUCCAGCUCCUCCACCAUUACCUGCUGAUGUUGGAACAUCUGAAGGGAAAAAUUUAGAUUCCUCCAAACAAUUAGCCAAAACUGCUAAACUCACUAAAGGUCAGCCAGUUAUGUACAUGCCACCCAACCCUUACCAAAACUCCUUUCUACCACUCUGCCUACCGUUACAGCAGUUUUAUCCUCCAGAUGACCAUAGGAUGAUUAUGGUUCCUCCAAGGUUUCCCAGCAGCCCCUAUUUAGGUAGUCCUGCUUUUAUGACUCCAUCAAAAUAUCUAGGUGUGUCACGUCCUAUCACUGGACGAAACGGCACAUAUUCUCAUAACCGUUGCAAUCCAACCAAUCGAACAGAUCGGAAUCAUUUCUGUAUGAAAGAUCCUCUGUUACCACCUUCAUCGUCUCCAAGUUCCACAGCUACUGGUCAAGUGAUCCAACUUCUACCAAACGUUAAGCAUGUACCAUCAUACUUAUUGUCUCGGCAACAGAUAGGAAGUUCAAAUGAAAGCUCUCGUACAAACACUCCGAUAUCUACGAAUAUCACCGAUGACUUUACAUUACACUUAAAACCUGAUCUCACUGACGAUCAUCAUGUAGAAAUGCCAACCAACAGCAGAUCAGUAACACCAAUUGAACAUUCCUGGGGACAAAUUGGCCACAACAAGAAAUCUCUCAAUGGUGAUUUGCACAAGCAUAUUCUUCAGAAUGAAGACAAUUCUGCUUCCAAUCAAGGCAAAUCUUUGACAUUACGUCAGAUUAUUGGUGUAGAUAAAAUUAAAGAAAGAGAACCAUGCUCACCAUUUUAUCCUGUUAGAGAAUUUGCUGAGCAAAUCGUUGACAAUGACCAUAUUAUUAAGCCUUCCCCUAUGAGAUCCCAACAAGCUUCAGUUCGGAAUUUUGAAGUACCCAACAGCUUGGAUAAUAUCACCCUAUUGCACCAACCAGUUAUUGAUGAUCAUCUGAGAAAGAUGAAUACUUCCAAGCUAGAUUUACCAUUACAUAAACUUGCAGAAAGUAAUGGCACCAGCCCUAUUGGCCAACACAAUGGUCUCAAAGACUUCCAGCCAUUACGUUUCUCCACCGGGUUUAGUCAUCAGUUCAAUGACGAUUUAGAAACCCCAACUACAGUGUUAAAUGUUGUAAAAAUGUUAGAUGAAAGUCCCGAGAAGGAAGUUGAACGGGAUCUAAAUACCCUCAGCAGGCAGACAAUGCAACCUCAAUCCAACUACUCAAACAACAUGUCUCUAGAUUUGGAAUUACAGAGGCAUGUUAACAAAAUUGGACAACCACCACCACCACCAUCAGUUUCAGAAAUGAAAACCAACCAAGUAUGUGGUAGUUACAAUAUUCAUCAUGUUCAAGGAGGAGAAUCUCAGAUUCCACCCAGCUUGAUGUGGCCACUGAGAACUCGGCUGUAUGAUCGCUCUGCAGUUAUACAGCCGAGCACAGUGGAGGAAACUCAAAAGUUCAUAGAACCACUCACACCUCACACUCCAGCAGGUUACAAUACUCUUGGAGACACUGAUCUGGAUUCUCUUUCAUUUCUCAGAGACUUAAAUAUUGGGGAAACACCUGAACUACAAGCUGAAAGUCUGUAUUAAAUAAAUAGUUACGCUUUUAUCAUCAACUUCGUAAAUUGUUUCGUUGACAUAUUGAAGUCUGAUUAAAUUGUUAUGUGUACAUUUAAUGAGAGUCCAAUUAAAAUAUCGGCAAUGGCAGCUAAUAAUAGCAUGCAAGUUCUCAUUGGUUGUCCUGCCCCCCUCCUCCCCCUCUCUCUUCUGUUUUGUUUCUUUAUUUUCUUUUUAAAUAUACUUUAUUUAUAUUUUUAUUGCUUCUAAUUUUUUUUUUGUUUCAAACGCUUUUAUAGCUGUUUAUUAUUUUUUUUUUUGCAUAUUUGUCACAAUAAUAAUAAUUAUUCAUAAUACUAAACUGCCAUGAAAAUAUUGAACACCCAUGGAAAAUUAUAAAAUUAUUGGCAAGUUGGAGUUAUAAACCUAUAUUCUUAAUCACUUUCUUUAAAUGAAGUCUGAAAACAUAAAAAUUUUUUUUUUUUUACAAUAUGAAAUAAUUCUCUGGAAAAAGAAAAUGCUUUUAGAUAUUUUCAUCACUACUAUUAUAAUCAUUUUAUUUCACCAAAACACUUAAUUGAUAAGUUUAAUUACUUUAAUUAUAUCUACAAGAAAUUAGGUGUCGGAAAUAUUCAACAUAUUCUUAUUUACUUUCUUUUCCUAUAUUUUAAUAUUAUUUCUUAUUUAUUUUUAUCAUGCAUUACAGUUUAAUUUUUAAACUUCAUUUACUUAUUUUCUCCCAUAUUAACUUUUUUUAUUUUUUUUUAUUUUCAAAAUUCUGGAAUUAAGUUACCCAGUAGUACAUAAAAAAAAAAGCUUUAUUUAAAGAUAAGUUUGCUAUCUAAUGUUACCAGGGCAUGGCCAACUUUUAGACCUUCAUGCAGCCAUAUCAUAUAUUGCAGCUACCAAUGCUUACCAAAAUGCUGCCCAGAACAAAUGUUGUAACCAAAACUGUCUGACUUAUAUAUAUACCAUUGGACUUUUGCUGGCCAGCUUAUCAAGAUAACAGGAGGAAAUUUUGAUAUAGUGACUUGUAAAAUUUCGCUCCACAUUUUUUUUUUAUAAACCUAUGUUCCUUAUUGACUAUAUAUACAGAGUCCACAAGGUCUGGGUACAUGGAGUAAAUAAAAUCAUAACAUAAACAAUUAAAUAUAAGAAAUAAUAAUUUCUUAAAGUAUGUGUUAAUCCUCAUGUACCCAGACUUUGUGGACACCCUAUAUAUAUAUAUAUAUAUAUAUAUAUAUAUAUAUAUAUAAUAUGUAUGUAUAUACACACACACACACACAUAUAUAUCUACAUACACACACAUGUAUAUAUAUGUAUACACACAUGCAUGCAUAUGUGUAUACAUAUGUAUAUACACACACAUAUGUAUAAACACAUGUGCAUAUAUACACACACACACACACACAUGUAUAUGUAUAUACACACAUAUACAUAUACACAUAUAUAUAUAUAAACACACACAUAUUUGUGCAUAGUUAUACAUGCACAUACUCAUAGAUAUGUGUGUGUAUAUGUAUGUAUAUAUAUUUCACAUUUAAAAAUAUACUCACAUUUGUAUGUAUAUUUGUGUGUGUUUGAGUAUAUAUGAUAUCUACAGAAUCACACUUUUAUUCAGUUGAGGGCAUUUUAAAAUCAUAUAACUUGUAAAUUCCACCUCCCAGAUUUCACAGUAUCUUUUUGAAUUAUUUAACUUUAAAAGAAAAGAAAAACAUUUCUCUGGAAAAAAAAUUUUAAAAAAAAGGAGACUUAUCUAAACAUUUCUUUUUAUUGGUGGAUUUGUGUGUCAAUUCUGUAAGAGAACUUUUGAUGUGGUUUAUGACAAGAUGCUUUUAACUUUGUACGGUUGUUAAUUAUAUUGAAUGAUUCUUGUCAGUGUAACCCAUGCACAUUAACUGUUAAAAGUCUAGGGAUGAUAUUUACAAGAAUUUCUUAAAAGAAAAAAUGUGUGCAUGUGCAUAUGUAUGUGUGUAUGUGUGUUUUUAUGUGUAUGUAUAUAUAUAUAUAUAUAUAUAUAUAUAUAUAUAUAUAUAUAUAUAUAUAUAUAUAUAUAAUGUGGGUGGAGGGAUGGAAAACAAACUGAAAAAAACUUAAGAAGUAAAAACAAAAAAAGACACCAAAAAAAAAUCAUUGCAUAUUUUUUAAAAGAGCUAUUUGUCUUAUUGUAUUCAAUAGCAACCUUAUUACAUUUUGGUAUUGUAAAAAUCCAUGACAAAAUGCUAAUAUAUUUUCUUCGUUGUUUGGUUAAGUACAAAAUAAGUCGUCAAAACGGCUUUGGCUGAAUCAAACGUUUUGCACCUUUUUUUUCCCCACCCCUUGCUAUUUGUAGCAAUAGUUUAAAUGUCUUUGUAUGUGCAUUGGCAGGGUUCCUAUACCAAAGUCUGUGCUACAGCCUAGUUUUGUUGCCUUGUAGAAUGUUUUUCCAAAUGUCAGUUUCUGUUGAACAGGAACAUCUGGAAUAAAACUUAUGAGACACCA